AGGUACUACACUUUAUUUAUCAUACCUUUAAUUAAAUAAAAUUUAUUUACAAAAAUAAAAUAAAAACUCUGACCACUUUUAACACUUUCAUUAUCAUUAUAUAACAACCGUAACACCUUCAUUCUCUUUAUCCUUGUUUCCACUUAAGAAAAAUGGACAACAAACUCACCUCUGAAAUCUUCUCAAUUCUAGAAAACAACUUCUUAUUCGGCUACCAAAACCCCUCACCGGAAAACACCAAUACCACCACCGGAAAACUCAGAAUUCUCUCCAUCGACGGCGGCGGCGCCACCGACGGACUCCUCGCCGCUAAGUCAAUCCUCCACCUCGAAACCACACUCCGCCGUAGCUCCGGCAAUCCAAACGCCCACAUUGCAGAUUAUUUCGACGUCGUUGCCGGAGCCGGUAUCGGCGGCGUUAUUGCAGCGUUACUGUUCACAAAAGGUGAUCACGACCGGCCGUUGUUCACCGCAGGUGAAAUGCUGAAGUUCGUGAUGGAGAACGGAACAAAACUUUGCCGCAAUUCGAAACCGGGAGUUUUCCGGCGAGUUUUUACAGCUCCGGCGAAGGUGUUUGACCGGACGUUUGGAAAGUUGACUUUGAAAGAUACAUUAAAGACGGUUUUAAUCCCGUGUUAUGAUCUUAACACGGGGGCGCCUUUUGUGUUUUCCCGCGCCGAUGCUGUGGAAAUGGACGGGUGUGAUUUUAAGCUGAGUGACGUGUGUGCCGCCACUACAGCUGGUCGACCGACAAAAAUAAUGUCGGUCGACCAAAGAAAAAAGAUCGCGGCGUUCAGUGGGGAUGUUGCAAUGAACAACCCCACUGCUUCCGCGAUCACUCAUGUGCUUUAUAAUAAGCAGGAGUUUCCGUUUUGUAAUGGAGUUGAUGAUUUGUUGGUGGUGUCGUUAGGUAACGGAGAGCCGUCGUUUGUGACGGCUGGUAACGGAACUCCAACGAGAACGGCGUUAGUUAAGAUUGUCGGUGAAGCUGUUUCCGACACGGUUGAUCAAGCAGUGUCAAUGGCAUUCGGGCAAUCACGGAAAAGUGGUUAUGUGCGUAUUCAAGGAAACAAAGGUUUAUUAAGCGUUAAAGACGAGAAGAAAUACGCGAACAUGUCAGUGCAAGCCGAUGAUAUGUUGAAACAACACAAUGUUGAAUCGGUAUUGUUUCAAGGUAAGAGGUGUAAUAGCACGAAUUUGGAGAAGUUGGAAUUUUUCGCUGGUGAAAUUUUAAGGGAAAACGAGAGGCGGAAGACGGAUAUGCUACCAAUAGUUUUGCUAAACCAAACAACUACUUCCUCAUCUGCAAGAACAUCGUCGGCCACAACACUCUCCACCAUGUCGUCAAGUUAAUUAAACUAAGUUUGUUAUAUUAUGAUGGUGUCGCCGACACUAGUAAUAAAACUAGUGUCCGUGCUGAAUUAUAGAGUUUGUUUUCGUAUUUGGAUUUGUGGUCAAGUUUUCAUGUAUAGUUAUUUAAAGAAGUGAUCUAGGAGAGAGGUGAUUUUUGGCCCUAUAGUGUACUACUAGAGUGAAGUUUGUGCAUUUGUGGUGGAUUGGAAUGAAAAUGAUGUGAUUGGAUAUUAUUUUUUUACAAGAAAGUUCUGCCUAAAAA